UGUAGAAAGAAGACAGUCUGAAUCAUCUCUUCAUCACUUGUACCACAAAAGGUUUUGAGGUAACAAAUUUGCAAUGGAGAAAAUGUCUCUCAAGCUCGUCUUCCUGUUCUCCCUCACAGUUGUAGCAUUUUGUUUGUCUAUGGGUGACGCGAGAGAGAUGGCAGUGAACUGCAUCGGAGGAAAAUGUCUUGAAGCAUCAACAAUGGAUACUUAUGAGACCAAUGUAUCUUGCCGCAGAGAUAACGAAUGCAUCAAGUACUGUCCUAAGGGCUGCAAGAUUGUUAACUGUAAUUUUGGAACCUGUUUCUGUGAGUGUUAA